AGAACAUCAUUUCCGUUUGGUAUUUUGACAUGUAAACAUCGCAAAAGGAGCGCCCUGAAAAAGGGGGAAUCCGUCUCAAGUGUUUCGAAGAAGGAAAAUUCGUUCUGUGUGCCAGGAAAAGAGUGUUUGGAGUGCCCCAAAUUGUGUUUCCGCAGCCAGACAUCCCACCCACCCUUAGUCUGGGACAGAGUUUGUGAAGAAAAGUGCGUGAAAAUUCCGGGAUUUUCGGAGGAGAAAAAAUAUUUUGUAUUCACAUAAAACAGUGUCUGUGGAGGAAUUUUCUCCUUAAGGAAAAUACCAGCAGAGAGACAAAAUCUUCCGGGCAUCACGUGAACUGUUCCCAUCAGUUUGAACACAAAAGAAAAACAGCCCGGAAAGGAAAGAAGUCACCGUGAAGGUCUUCCAGUGCUCUCGAGGAAUAUGGUGAUGAAUUUAGGUUAAAAAGGACUCAACUGCGACGCCCCAGCAUCCACAAAAUUCCUUUGCAGAGAAAGAAAGAGAGAGAGCUAUAAAAUGUCCGGAGAAGCGCUACGACGGUUACCAACGUCUUCAGAAUAACUCUGAGUGAGGAGAUUGUGUCCUCUAACUCCUUGCGAGUGUUCUCACUGUGUCGUCCGAAUUCCAUACCCCCUCUGUUCCUUACACAACCACCCCCACUCAUCCCCCGUAGAGGAUUCUGUGCAGAGAGCUGGAAUCGUGGAGUCAGCAGAGGUCACCCCUUUCCUCCGUGAGCAACAUCCACCCCAUCAGCCAUCGCACACAUCUUCCUGAGACUCCCCCCGUGGUGGCCACAAAAUGCAGGAGAACAGCAUCACAGCGUCAGCAGUGAUGGCACCGAAUGCAAAUGGAAUUGAUCAAGCACAAUUCGAGGCAGACAAACGUGCUGUCUACAAGCACCCACUUUUCUCCCUAUUGGCGUUGCUUCUUGAGAAAUGCGAACAAGCAACCCAAGGAUACGUGCCUGCAGCCUCCGCCUCGUCUGCCUCGUCCAAUUCUUCCAGUCCAAAUGGCACAAAUGGCAAUUGCGACAACGACAGCUUCUCACGAGACAUUCAAGCUUUUGUGCAACUGUUGGAGAAGGAAAAGAGACCCCUACUAACCAAUGAUUCGGAACUUGAUGGACUGAUGAUAAAAGCCCUCCAAGUGCUGCGGAUUCAUCUGCUUGAACUGGAGAAGGUGCAGGAGUUGUGUAGAGAUUUCUGCACGAGGUACAUUGCCUGCCUUCGUGGGAAGAUGCAAUCGGAGAAUCUCCUACGUGCGGAUUAUCCCAUGGAGCACAACAACAACCUGUCCAAUUCAAGUAGUCCUGCAAAUACGCCGGAUCAGGAGCAAAUGACGAACCAGGCAGGUGGGUAUUAUGGCAAUUCGGAUUUUUUAUCCGGAACAGAUGGAACGGAUUUCAGUAGUCUACAAGGAACUUUCAAUUUACACACGAAUUCCAAUGCAGCUCCCGGAAAUCUCUUAGGUACAACAAAUGGAGCCACGGAAUUGCAUCAAAACACCCCGGGUGGAGCUCCGGAGGCGGCUCUCUUGGCUGGUGCAGCAGCUGCAGCAUCAUCGGCACAGCAGCCACUUCAUGUGCAAACACAGGUGCAGAAUCUCGUUUCAUCUCAAGCAUCGUCGGGGUCGCCACAGGGUGGUGCCGGGCAGAUUCUUGGUUCAACACCCCUCAGUCAGAUCGGGUGUCCACCGUUGCAGUUGGAUCAGUAUGCGGGGCAACUGUCACCGUGUGGGAGUUCCGAUGAAGUGGAUUCGGAGUUGGAUUCCAACAAUGAUGAACUUGGUUCGAAUUUCAGCACAAAUUCCGGGUCGAAACGACAAAAGCGGGGUAUCCUACCGAAACAUGCUACGAGUGUGAUGAGAGCGUGGCUCUUUCAGCAUCUUGUGCAUCCGUAUCCGACUGAAGAUGAAAAAAGGGCAAUUGCCGCACAGACAAAUCUCACAUUGCUGCAGGUGAAUAAUUGGUUCAUCAAUGCACGAAGGAGGAUACUGCAACCAAUGCUGGAGCAUGCGAAUGAUUCUAAUCAGAAUUCGGUACGCAAGAAGUCUUCGUCGCAGAGCCCAUCGAAGCGCUUCUGGUCAGACGGUGUGAGUGCUUCGGGACAGCCGGCAAUUAAUCCCGCCAUGAUUGAUCCCAAUAUUGAGAAUAUCAGUGCAAAUGUGAAUCGUGCCGAUGCGGGGGCAACACAGAAAAUACCAGACAACUACUACAGUUCAGACGAAAGUACGGACAGUCUCAUUAUUGAUCAGGACACCUAAGUAGGGAGCUCUUUGACGCGUAGAAUAACACCCAACACACAGCAUUAUAUAGAUGAGUGACAUAGAAAUAUGUUUUAGUAUUUUUAUUCAUUUCUGCAGCUUUAUAAAAAUGAAGAAGAAGAAAAAAGUCACAAAAAGGAGAUUUUUUUUUAAAUUUUAAUUAAAUAAAAAUUAUUAAUUUCUCAAACACAGAAGGGACUGUCCAUAGGUGCGCGCGCCUGUUGUAUGUGAAUGUGUGUAAAUGAAUGAAAGUGAUAACAAAAGAUGCUUUUUGUGUGUGCUUUUUGCAUAUUUGAGGCCAUAAUGUAAUUUAUUAAAAAUGAAGAAAAAUAAGCCGAAAAAUGAUUGUUGAUCAAACUUUACUACAACUUGAGAACUGAUAACAAAUUUACCAUAUUUUCUCUUGAAUGUGCCAUAAUUACCAGACUAUUUAAAAAAUAUUAUAUUUAGUGAUUAGAUCAAAAGGGAUUAAAAAAAAACAAGAGAUACGAGAAAAUAUUAAAUUUUUGUGCUUUGAAAUGGCAAAAAAAACAUGAGUUAUACUGAAAGAUAUACGUAAAGAAAAAACAAACCCGUAAGACAAUUUUAAUUAUUAAAAUUCUUAAGAAAAAAAAUGCGUAAAAAGGACGUGAGAAGGACAUUCUAUAGUUAAAGAACAAAUUAAAACUUAAAAAAAAUCAACAUAAUACUCCCAAACUCUCUUAAAAAAAGAGAAAUGAUUUAUUUUUUUAUUUUUUAAUAAAAGAAAAUCAGUUUUUCAUUCAAAUUGAUAUUUUCCCCUCAACACAAAGUCUUUUUCCUUCUCUCUGAAUUUUUUUUUAAUUUAAAUAAAUUCAACUGAAUUAUACCAAUGUAUACGUAAUAUUACCUCAUAUUGAAUUAGUAUAACGAUAAAAUGUAAGUAAACUUAUUAAAAAAAAGACAUGAUUACGACAACAAUAACUUUGAGAUGAGAAAACACGUACCAGUAGCCACACCUUUAAGGUUUUUUUUUAUUUAAAAAAAAAAAACUUAAUUUUAUUACGUUAAAAAAAAGAAACUCAGACAUAUUUGCUCAUGACAGUAUUAAGAAAAAAAAACUAACUUUAUUGAACCAUUUUAGGAAGAAAAAAAAAACACGAAAUAGGAGCUGUUAGAGAUGUUAAAUAGAAGAAAACAAAAUGAGAAAUAAAAAUCAAAGUCAAGUCACGUAUACGGAAUUAUAUUUUAAAUUUAAUGAAAAAAAAGGUGAAGAAAUAAAAACUAAAAAUACAUAAAAAUCGAUAAAUGGGAAUGUUCAAUUAAAAGGAUGAAAGAGAUAGAGAAAUAUUGUGAAAUACUGAUAUAUACAUAUAUUUUCCUAUUAAUUCUUAAGAGCGAUUAACUCAGAUGAGAAAAUGUUUAAAAGACACACCAUUGCUAAAUGAAAAAAGUGAAUAAGACAUAAAUUUGAAAUAAAAAUUGUUUAAAUUUUGCCAAGAAGAAAAGAUAAAUCACAAAAUACUUCCUAAAGACAAAAGAAAAAGAAGAAAAACAAGAAUGACGAAGAGCCAAUCAAAAAAGGAAAUGAAAUUGAAUGAAAAAAAGUAUGCGGAAGAAAAGACAAAGAAAGGAGUUUAUUCAUCGCUAUAUGGGUUAUAGCAUAUUUCGCGGAAAUAAUCAGAACAAACGAAAUUUUGUAGAGAAUCAAAAGGGAAUAAGAAAACAUCAAGGAAACUCUCUAUUCUCCACUGAAAUUAUCUGUAAAAAUACGGUAAAGAAUUGGCCGAAAAUGUUAAUAAUGACGUCAUUAUUGUUUCUUUUUUACCCUUAAUGCAAUCGCAUGAAACACAGAAACAUUCGAUCCAUAGCUCACGUCAAAACAUAGGAUAAAUAUCUCGAAGAAAAGACCGAAUGUUUCAAUGUUUCUAUGUUCAAUGCAAUUGCAAGUGUUCUUUGGGUCAUACGUGGGCUCAAACGUGAAACAUUCGAUUUUUUCAAAUCGUCCUCUGAAAACAUCAAUAGAAUAAAUAUCGUGUUAAAAAAACGCAUGUUUCAAUGUAUUUAUGUUUCAUGCAGACGCGAAAGGUUAAAUUCGGAGAAAUUAAAUGUUGCACAUUUGUUUGAAACAUGUGCGCCUAUACUUCAUCGAUAACUUCUGCUUAUAUUUUUGAAAACAAAUAAAUUUUUCAAAUUCAUCACAUCCGUUUAUGUUUCGUGUGCUGAUGUGUUAUCCUGAGCUCUGAUAAAGUAUCUUGAUGUUUCAUGUAUUGAAAGAUACAAAACACAAUAAUGACGUAAUUAAUUGCAUUUUUAGACGAAUCUUUUAGCUUUUUCCCACUGUUUCCUGUGGAAAAUAAAAAAUUCGGCGAUAUCUUAUUUUAUUUUGAACCCUCCAAGAUCACAUGUCUCGUUUUCUCCGAAUGAGGUUAUGUUAAAAAAAAAUCCAAAUAGCGUCGUAUAAACUCCUUUUACCAAUUAAAAAAGCGGGCACUUAUAGAUAGUGAGGGAGAAAAAAAAACGAAAAGAAAUUGACUAAGGAACAAGAAAUAUAUACGUAAAUUUAUUCCAUCCUAUUAUACAAUUAAGAUUUAAAAGGAAAUUCUUACAUAGUGGCAUACUAGAGGUUAAAAAAAAGAAUAGAAAGAAGAGAUUUCAUUGUAAAAAGUUUAACAUUAAUAAUGCAUUAAGAGGCGCUAAUUUUUUUAUAAUUGUACAUGAGAAAAAAAACUAAAAAGAGAUAGAAAAGGAUGAAUUUUGGGGAUUCAACAGCAA